CCGAGUUCCGCCUCGCUCCGCCCCCUUUCCCGUUUUGUCCGGUUUCGUCGACCCGGCUGAGGAGAGAGGGGAACAAUGAACGACCCGACGGUGUGCAGCUUCCUCACCAGGACCCUCUGCGCCCAUGGCGGGCGGUUGGGGCUGCCGGAGCUCCAGCAGCAUAUCGGUCUCUCGGCGCAGCAGCUGAAGGAGACGCUGGUGGCGGCAGGUCCCCAGCGGUUUCUGGUGCUGCGGUUGGGCGACAGCGAGGACGUCCUGGCGCUGUCGGCUGUUCGGAUCUGCGUUCGGAAGGAGUGCGUGGGCUGCGAGCGGCUGCACCUCUGCAAGUCGUAUCUCAUGGGCAAGUGCAACCUGAGGUCCAGAACUUGUAAGUACUCACAUGACAUCAUCAAUGAUGAGAACAAAAAAGUUCUGAAGACCCAUGGCUUGUCUGGCUUCAGUGAGAACGAGCUGCGAGUCCUGCUUCUCCAAAAUGACCCUUUCCUCCUCCCUGAUGUCUGCCAGUUUUACAACAGAAAAGAUGGUGUCUGCAGCCAGCAAAGUGACUGUAACAAACUUCAUAUUUGUCGACACUUUCUCCAUGGAGAAUGUAGAUUUCUUCCAUGCAAGAGGAUCCAUAGCCUCUUGAGUGACCACGCAUUGAGAGUGCUGGAAAAUGCAGGUAUUGAUAGGAACACAGCUUCAAACAUCCAGACUAUAUAUGAUCACAAGCAUGUGGAAUUCAACAAGGAACUGAAGAAAGGGAGAGUACACAACUACAAACCAAGAGAAAAACUGUUCAAAGAGCCGGCAGUUAUAAGGAGUAAAGAACCUGGGACACCUUUACAAGAUCCACAGGGCUCCACACUGCAUGUGCUGCUUCCAGAAAUGAUCCACUUUCAGGAAUGGAGUCCCAGUAAUGAUGUACCUGGUAAGAGCCAACAGCAGUUGCAGUUGCCAACAGGAGCUGGAGGCAAAGACGAAGGUAAAAAAGAUGAUUCCUCUGCUAAAGCUUCACAGGACAAGGAAGAAGAGUCUGAUGAGAUAUGUGUGUUCUAUGUCUGGAAGUACUGCAAACAUAGAAGUAGAUGCAGAUCUGUUCAUUACCAUUUGCCGUAUCGAUGGCAAGUAUAUCAGACAGUCUACUGGAAAGACCUUUCCAUGAUGGAGGAAAUUGAGAAGGCCUAUUGCAACCCAGAAAUCCGCAGCAUAACAGAGAAGAACAUUGAUUUCCAGACAAUGACCUGCGACGGCUCCGCAUUGCGGCGCCUCUCCACACCAUCAUCAGUCACCAAGCCCGGCUUCAUGCUGACCACGCAGUGGGCUUGGUACUGGAGGAACGACCAAGGCCAGUGGGUGGAAUAUGUGGAGCGGGGAGAAGGGAGUAGUGUGAACUCACCAUCUUCUGCUGUGAUUGAGAAUUUGUAUCUGGCAGAUCCAGAUGCCACCGUAACUUUCCAGGCUGGUGUGCACCAUUACGAGCUCAAUUUUAAAGAAAUGAUCCAGACAAACAUCGCUUUUAGAACUCGAAGACCAGUCCGCAGGCGACCAAAGUUUGUGUCUUCUGAAGAUGUGCAGAAGAUAAAGAAAGGUCAGAAGGAUUCUUCUAUUCCAAAUCAAGCCUGUCCUGCCCAUUGGGAUCAGUCUGCACUUCCUGACUUGGGAUACAAGAAAGUGGAGAUCAGUAGUACAAGUGCUGAAUUCAACAGAAUAAAGCAGCUGUUUUGCGAGACUAUGAAAAACUACAAUGUCCUUAAAAUAGAGAGGAUUCAGAAUCCAUCCCUCUGGAAGGUCUUUCAGUGGCAAAAGGAGCAGAUGAAGAGAGAAAAUAAAGGGAAUGAAGUAGAUGAAAGGCUCCUGUUUCACGGAACCAAGACUUCCUUCAUAGAAGCUAUCUGCCUUCAUAACUUUGACUGGAGAAUUUGUGGAAGCAAUGGAACCAGCUACGGAAAGGGCAGUUACUUCGCUCGCGACGCAUCCUAUUCCCACCGAUACUGCCAGCCCGUGGUGAAAACCAACGUCAUGUUCGUGGCCCGUGUGUUGGUUGGGGAUUACAUCAGAGGCAACACGGCCUACGUUCGCCCCCCGGCAAAGUCUGUGGACGGGCUUCGGUUUUACGACAGCUGUGUGGACAACGUGCUAAAUCCCUCCAUUUUUGUCAUCUUUGAAAAAUACCAGAUUUACCCAGAGUAUAUUAUAGAGUAUAAGGAGGAAGAAUUAAAAUGCCUUUUAUCUUAGAGGGAUCAGAGCUGCUUGUACCCCUUCAUCUUAUUUACCGUAUUGCAGGUAUUCUCAUACUUGGUGACUUCUUUCUUUUUAAUGCAAUCCUUUGGGAUGUAAAUCCAAAGAACUUCUGCACUGGGGAGGGCUGGCAAAACAGAUGCUACGUUUGUUGAGAACAAGUGCCUUGUCUUGUCUUCUCUUCCUCUCUUAAGUGAAGCGUAGCCAUUUGGAUAACUGUAGCAGAAAAACAUAAAUUACAGGAUUGAAAAUUACAGCUUCUCUGAGUCAAUAAGUGUAAGAAACAGAGAAAGUUUUCUUAGAAACAGAGAGGGUUCCUCUUUGCUAACAAUUCAGUUAAGAGAGAAAUCAACAGUUCAGUAAUUUUUAAGCAAAGCCUCAGGUUUUUAGUAGUCAAAGGUUCUUUUCAGUGUAGAAUGUGUCUGUUCUUGAUCCCUCUAUCACGAUUCUGAACAAGUGUACGUAAGAACGACUUGGCUUAGUUUUCAAAGUACUGCCUUGUUAACGCUGAUACAAGUUUAAAAUGGUAGAACAACAACAAUGUAACAGAAUCUUUAUUCAAAAUUCAUAUUGUAAGUUCUCAAGCGGAGAAGUUUCAUCUGUACGGUGGCAGCCACUGUUUGGACGAGGAAGUUGUUGGAUCAGAUUGUCUCUGCAGAUCUGCAGUAACUUGCUUCAUGACCUACUCAAAAACAGAGCUCGAGGGGAAAGUGUGUGAAUGCCAGAAUGGUUGAUGAGUAAGCAGGUACUGGAAUGUGGUGGUUUGGCUGCAGCUAACUACCGUGAGUGCCUAAAGGCUGUGUCACCAUGAGCCAGGCUUCCAUGUGAAUGCAGCCUUGCGGUUUCUCCAUAUGAGCGUUUGCUUGGCAAGCACUAUAGGGCAGGAGAAGCACCUUAAGGAACAUUGGUAUUUUCUGUCCUGUUCCUAUACGUUAAUUUUUCGGUUUUCCAGAAAUAGGACAUGACUGGAAGAAACCAGUUUUGUUCUCUCGAGGCCAGUGGUAGAACCACUGUCCUAAGACUCUUUGUAGGUGUGUUGUUGCCCAUGUUGCAUUGGGCAACUUGCUGAGAACUUGCUGACAAGUGGGGUUCCUCUUUGUGUUUUGAGGUCAUGGUUGAGUCAUCCUGGGAUGCUGCUUCCCCAGUCUGUUUUCUGAUACCCUUGUUUUAUCCUUGUCAGCGAUGUACAACCCUGCUAACGGAGUUAGCAGUUGCACAAUUAAACUGCUUACCACAUGCUGCCUGAGCAGCCAUCCCUGCAAGCCUACCAACCCCCCCAGUUUAUAUACUGGCCGUGAUGUCCUGUGGUAUGGAACAGCCCUUUGGCUAGUUGCAGUCAGCUGCCCUGGCUGUGGUUCCCCUCCAGCUCCUCGUGCAAGCUCAGUCCACUUGCUGGCAGGGCAGGGAAAACUGAAAAGUCCUGCAUUUUAGGAGAAGUGCUACUUAGCAAUGGCCAGAACAUUACUGUGUUAUCAGGAUUAUUCUCAGGCCAAAGAACAGCCCUGUACCAGCUGCUGGGGCGAAGGUUAACUCUAUCCCAGCCAAAACCAGCUCAGAAAGAAACUGCUGUUGAAGACAGAAGAACAGUAAUUUUUGCUUUUAGGUAAGCUUUACAGUAAUACAAAUAGCCUCCCAGUUCUUUGCAUCUUCAAUACAGAUCUGUCAAUCACAUGUACUAAUCAGAUUUUGCAAGUUACCAAGAGGGUGGGGAAAUACAUAAAACUAGGUGAUCUUACUAAAAUGACCAUCUUAGAACUGAAUGAAAACAUGUCAGUAGUGCAUUAAGAGGGGUUUUUAAGUGCUUUUUUAAGAUCUCUUUUAUGUGCCUGUAGAGUUCCUGAGUCACACUUUUGCCAUAUUUACAAAUAAAAUGUAGUUUCACUCA